CUCAGGGAUCCGAGGUUAUGAUAGUAACCAGAGACGUUCUGUUAUUUUAACAACUAGUCAGAGCUCAUUUUCCUCGCAGUAGUAGCAUGCGUGUGUGUGUGUGUGUGUGUGUGGCAGUGACGCAGGAGUCACUCAGUCUGUGAGUCUGCAGAUGCACUCGUAUCGCUGUGCUGGAGCUGAUGCUCGUGUGUUUUAUUCGGUGGGGAGCACAGGAGACUCAUCUGAUCCCGCUGGAGCCCCGCCUCUGCUGCCCGAACUGUAUUUAUAGCUUAUUGCAACAGCAGCAUUCAGUCAGUCAUUCAGUCAGUGAGUGAGUAACUCUAGUGAAGGAUCAUCAGCGGGUCUCAGCUCUCUCUCCGCAUUCAGACCGGACCAGCAUGACGGAGACCGCGUCAGAGCCCGCUCCAGGUGCCCCGGAGGAGCCGGAGGAGAAGCGGGAGACCGACCCCCCGGAGGGCGGCUGGGGCUGGGUGGUGAUGCUGGCCUCGAUGUGGUGCAACGGGUCGGUGUUCGGUAUCCAGAACGCGUUCGGUAUCCUGUUCGUGUCUCUGCUGAAAGAGUUCGGCUCCGAGACCGACGAUGACCUCCGCUUUAAAACAGCAUGGGUCGGCUCUCUCUCGAUGGGCAUGAUCUUCUUCUGCUCACCAAUCGUCAGUGUGUUCACCGAUCUGCUCGGCUGCCGGAUUACAGCAGUUGGAGGGGCAGCGGUGGCAUGUGUGGGACUUCUGGCCAGUUCCUUUGUCACGUCUCUCGGGCCAAUGUACUUCACCUAUGGUAUCGUCUUUGCAUGUGGCUGCAGCUUUGCAUAUCAGCCAAGUCUGGUGAUCCUGGGUCACUAUUUCAAGCGGAGGCUGGGCCUGGUGAAUGGCAUUGUGACAGCGGGCAGCAGCGUGUUCACCAUCACGCUCCCAUACAUCCUGACCGGUCUGCUGAAGCGUGUCGGACUUGCCUACACGCUGCGUUUUCUGAGCAUCUUCAUGUUCGUGCUCAUGCUGGCAGGACUCACCUACAAACCCCUGCUGCCCAAACCUGUAAGCAGCAGCAAGUCGGGCAGCCGCUGUGCCUCGCUGAAGAGGGUGUUUAACGUGCACAUCUGGAGGUCUCUGGGAUACCGCAUAUGGGCCUUCGGGAUCCCUGCAGCGCUGUACGGAUACUAUGUGCCUUAUGUUCAUCUGAUGAAGCAUGUGGAGGAGCGUUUCGGUGCAGACACUAAUAAAGAGGUUCUGCUCACCUGUAUCGGCAUCACGUCUGGAGUGGGUCGUCUGAUCUUCGGGAGGGUGGCCGACUAUGUCCCUGGAGUCAACAAAGUCUUCCUGCAGGUGUCCUCGUUCCUGGUGAUCGGGCUGAUGUCCAUGAUGAUUCCUCUGUGUCACGUGUUCGGAGGACUGAUCGCCGUGUGUCUGCUCAUGGGUCUGUUCGACGGCUGCUUCAUCUGCAUCAUGGCUCCCAUCGCGUUCGAGCUGGUGGGCUCCCAGAACGUGUCGCAGGCCAUUGGCUUCCUCCUGGGCAUGAUGUCCGUCCCCAUGACAGUCGGGCCCCCCAUCGCAGGGUUCCUCAGAGACCGUCUGGGCAGCUAUGACGUGGCCUUUUACCUGGCGGGUAUUCCUCCGAUCAUCGGCGGGGCCGUGCUGUGCCUGAUCCCAUGGGUGGAGGCGCAGAGGAGGAGGAAGGAGGCGCAGCCGGCGGCCGAAGCCACCGAGAAGAUGCUGGAGAGCAAGAACGGUGCACAGGUCAAGGUGAAGCCUGAAGAGCCCGAGUCCGUCAUCUGAGAGCGUUAACAGCGGACAGACAGAUGUGUAUGUGUGUGUGUGUGUGUGUGAUUAUCUUACCCUGCAGGAACAUGCAGACCGGGCAUAAAACAGGGCACCUACGUGAUUUAUGAGCUAUGCAUCUCUCAGAAAGUUUCCUUGAAUAUUUUUGUACUGAGCUUCUAAAAGGGAAGUGAAAGUUAGACAAUCAUCGGUCAAGAAGGGAAGAUGUUUGCUGGUGCUUUGAUGGGUGUAAGCCCUGAAAGAAGAAUCAAGGGAUUUUAUUUUAACACACUUUCCUUUACUCUUAUAAUCUAGCUAUGCAUUGUUUUAUGUCAGACUACAUGAACAGCUCAUAUAUUGUGUUGAAGGAAGCGUCAGCUGUGCCAUAUGUGAUCGUUUCCUCCAGAGCGUGGAAGACUCGAAAGAGGUUUUUACGAAGGCACACUUCCACCGUGAGUGUUUAUUAGAGGAAUCAUCACUGCAUGACAACAGUGUUUUUAUAUGCAAGUAUCUAAGAUGUUGAUUUUCACUGAGAAAUAAGAGUUGAGGAGACCUCUGUAAUACACAGAGCAAACAGACAUGACUACACAAGCAGAUGUUUUCUGAUGCCGUCCAGUGUUCUCGGUAAAGCCUUGCUUUGUUUUUGUAUUGAGCGUUGUGUUUAAUGUUGGAGGAACACUGCUCUGGAACGUUUGCAGGAUGGUUUCCAUGUGUUUUUUCCUAACCUGAGCAGAUCUCAGUGUUCGACAUGAACUGCGAUUGUUGCUCUUUGAAACACUAUUUUACGAUGUUUUAAGAAUCUGUGGUGUCCGUUGGUUAGAUCGACUGCCAUUGUGAGCUCAGCUUUAAUAGCGACGCACACAUUUACUGCCACUGAGGCCUUGACUGAAUAACACAUGUGCUUUAAUUCAGCGACUGAAAAUGAUUGUCCUCUGAUUCCUGUUCACAUGAAACGUCUUGAGGUGAUGUAAACGUCCCGCUGUUCUCUGGCAGAUAGUUCUCUCGUGAUCUACCUCAGUGAACAUGAUUCUGGAAAUAUCAGCGGAUCAGAGAAGGCAAUCGCUGUAAACUCACUUGAAACCAUGGCCAUCAAGUGCUUAUACUUCACACCUGUCCCAUCUUGUGUUUCUUGAUUUAUAUAUCUCUUAUAUCAACUAGCAUUAUUAGUGCCUUAACGACAUAAUUAUUGAUAGAUGAAUUAUUGAUUUGUAUGGAAUCUUACCCAACAGCUUCCAAAGCAGUUAUUUCAGUGCGACUCACAGCAAAAGCAGUACGUGCCAAGAGCCAUCUGUCUGGUACAUCUGUUGGUUUAUUGUCUUUAAACCAUUUCCAUGUUUCUGAGAAGAUUCUCUUUUUUACUUUUUGUACAUUGUCCUUUUUU